AUGGAGGGGGAGGGUGGAGGCGGGGCCUGCGCGUCGGAGGGGCGGGACCUAGGCCCCGACGGCGAAUCGAAUGCGGUCUCCUGCGCAGGCCCCGCCCCCGCGCGCCCCGCCCCUCGGGCCGCCGCCGGCGCCCGGGGCGUCCGGUUCUGGCGGCGGUGGGGCGCGGUGGGGAGCCGCUUCCAGAAGGUUCGGCGACUGUUGGGCGGUGCCGAGCGCGGCAGCCGCGUGGAUCAGCCUCGCCCCGCGCCGCGCGUGUCCGCGGGGGGGAGGGGCCGUCCCGGCAGCCGACGCUGGGCGGUUGCGGAUACAGCGCCCCGGGAGGUGAGCGAGCCCGGGCUCGGAGGCCCUGGGGCUGGAGUGCGGCAGGAAGGCCUGCGGGGGUCCGCCUCCGGGGCUUGCACUCUCGAAUCAGCCCCUGACGGGAAAUUGGAGGUCCCCCCAUCCCCCGUAAACGAGCAUUUAUGGCGGAGCUGCUGGGUAUUGUGCUGGGAGGGCACGUGGGUGCGCAGAACCCGGAGUCCGGAGCCGGCGAGCUGGGCUGCAGACGACCAAGGACCCGGGAUGGCCUACACCGCCGGCUGCAGGCAGGGAAUCCGCCUACGCGGUCCGCUGCGGACCGCCUCGAGCUUCGUGCAGGAUUUCCUGGAAGCCCUGAGCUUUUGCUUGGGGGUGUGCGUGCGGGCGGCGGUAGGGCGCCCUAAAGAUGUCUUCCCAGACGGUCAAUGCAAUGGAACAAGUCUUUACUGGGGCCCUGCCCUUUUUGUAUAGGUGAGAACAUUCCCAUGAAGUUGGAUACCUUUUGUUCUUCGAAAACCUCAAAAAAUCUGAUUUGGAGACAAAUCCGGGACACAAGAAACCUGACUGUGACCACCUGCUGAACCAUAUUCCUAGACUAGGGAAUGGGCUGAAUGGUUCAGGAUUAAAUAGACUGGUCCCUCCCAGAGGGAGACAAAAAAAAGAGAUCUGGGACAACAUCUGUACCUUUGGAAAAGGGUGUGGCUAAGCUUUGGCCCAAAGACAGCAUCUGUCAACACUGCCCAUGUGACAGCUCUUCUUGUAGCAGAGGGAGCCAGGGAACAUGACCUUUCAGCCCAGAUAUUGUUGUGUCCUGCUUCUGUAGAGAAAAUGAUGCUCCAGGAUUAACCACUUGUAUGUCAUUGCCAGUAGUUUAUACUGUUGCCCAGUGUUCAAGGUCAGCAGUGGGGUGGGGGGGGGGGGGCAAUCCUUUAGCAAAGCCAUUACCAGUUAGCUUUACUACAGCGCUGGUGGAUUUACACUGGUCUUUCACCUUACAGCCUCCCUCCUUCCCACGUCAGGUUUUUCCCUAUUUUCUCAAGCUGUUGAGCCAUUUCCAUCCUUGUCUUUUGGGGCAAAACUUCUCAGAAAAGCUGUUUAUAUAUACACCCUCUGUCCUCUGUACCCCCCUCCCAUUCUCUCCUGAACCCAUUCCAUCCCUGGGUUUUGUCUCUACAGCUCAGUUUGUCAAGGUCACUAAUUCCUUCCCAAGUUGCUAAAUCCAGUAAUCUGUUGUCAGAAGUCAUCUCUCUCGAAACGUGAACUCCUUGCCUUCCAAGACACCCCACGCUACUACUUUUCUGGCCACUUUGCUGGGUCUGCUCUGCUAGUUCUGCCACGUGGGAUGCCCAGAACUCUCCCCCGAAUUCUAGACUCUCGCCUAGACUCCUAGACUCACUAGACUCCUCAUGCCUGGACCUCACAUCACCCCAGUGGUGUUCUAGGCAUCUCCCACUCCCCCUGAGACUGCUUCUCCCAGUCUUCCCCAUUACAGUUUCUUUUUUCCAAUUGUUCAAGCUAACAACUGGGGAGUCACCUGUGACUCAUUUCUCUCCCAUCCCUCAUCCAACCCAUCUGCAAAUCCUGCCAGCUCUGCAUCCAGAGUAAGUCUAGGCAAGCCAGUUAAGCGUCUGACUUCGCCUUAGGUCAUGAUUUCAUGGUUAGUGAGUUCGAGCCCCGUAUCAGGCUCUGUGCUGACAGCUCAGAGCGUGGAGCCUGCUUCAGAUUCUUCCUGCCCCUCCCCCGCUCACACUCUGUCUCGCCUCAAAAAUAAAUAAACAUUAGAAAACAUUAAACAAGGAAAGUAAGUCUAGAAUGUGCCCUGUCUCCCUGUAGCAUUCCAAGCAUCGUCCACACCUCUGUCCAGAUGUCCUCAUCUCCGCUCUCCCCGUGCUUGCGUGGUCCCCACUGCCAUGACCCCUCAGAGGGUCCUUGACUACAACUAACACCUCUUUCCUCAGGCACCCCCAAGCUUCAGCCCUCACUUCCUUGGGUCUUUACUAAAAUAUCACCUGUAAAUAAGGCCUUCCCUGACCACCUGUCAAAAGCUGAGUUCCUCAGUAGUCCCUAAUUUCUCCCUGGCUUAAUUUUCCCCUUAGCUCUUAAUGCCACUUAGUAUAUAUUUUACUCAUCUAUUUUUUUUAAUAAGUGAGUAAGACAGUUUUUUUUUUAAUUUUUUUUAACGUUUUAUUUAUUUUUGAGACAGAGACAGAGCAUGAACGGGGGAGGGUGAGAGAGAGAGGGAGACACAGAAUCUGAAACAGGCUCCAGGCUCCGAGCUGUCAGCACAGAGCCCGACGCGGGGCUUGGGCUCGCAGACUGCGAGAUCAUGACCCGAGCCAAAGUCAGACACUUAACCGACUGAGCCACCCCGUUACCCCAAUUUACUCAUCUAUUUAUUUUGUCUCUGCCAACCAUGUUUUUCAUUGCUGUAUCCUAAGCUCCUAGAAGAGUGCUUAGCACAUAACAGGUGCUCAGGAAAUAUUUUACAGAUGAUUGACUCAACAGAGGUUUACCAACAGCAACGAGUUGAACUACCUCAGGUAUUUAAUUAAUUCUAUUUAAUUUCCCCACUCUUUCUUUGGACUAGAAAUAGUAUCCACAAAUUGUCAUUCAAAAAAAAAACUUACAGGGGUGCCUGAGUGGCUCAGUGGGUUAAGCGUCUGACUUCGGCUCAGGUCACGAUCUCACAGUUUGUGAGUGCGAGUCCACGAUGGGCUGACAGCUC